GAUAUUUAUAUAUAUGGGUUUAUUAUUAUAUAUAUGGAUCCAAAUUACCUAGCUAGUUAAGCAAAAGCGAGUUUUUUUUUCUUAUAUACAAAAGGCUAAGACAAAACCAAUGAGCUCUGCCUGUACUGAGGAGGAAGUCAUCGAAAACUGCUUUUCAUCAGCCGGUACUGUAGCCAUCCCAAAUUCUACGAUCCAUUAGCUACUGCACCUCACUAGUUGCCUUGUUCAUCAUCAGCCCAUAUAUCUCCAAUCCGGCAAUCGUCCCAAGUAGUAACUGUAUCAGGAUCUCUCCAUAUCCCUCUCUACAGAGGGAGCUUCCAGCACACCAAACCCUACCUGUGUCUGUGUGUGCCUGCCUCUCUUUAUCAUCAGGAGCUUCCACUAUUCCACACCUUCCUCUAUCUCCUGCCCGGCCCCCUCGCCACCUCCACCGAUCCAGCGCCAUCCGGGUACGUCCAUGGCGUCCACCACCAGCGAUAGCCUCCCCUCCUCUCCCUCCAUCCCCACCACCGACGGAGCCGCCGACCAAGAGUUCUCCUCCUCCCACUACCACCACCACAGCAGCAGCAGCAGCCUCUUCUUCCCGCCGCCGUCGUCCUCCUCCUCCUCCCAGCUGCCCAGCCUAUACCUCGACUCCUCCUUCCACGGCCUCCUCCCCACUACAUCUUCCCCCGCGGCGGCCACGUCGUCCCCUUCCCCUCCUCCACCACCGGUGCCGCCACUCCCCCCAGCAGCGCCCGCGAAGCCGGCCAAGAAGCGCCCGAGGGCCUCCCGCCGCCCGCCCACCACGGUGCUCACCACCGACACCUCCAACUUCCGCGCCAUGGUGCAGGAGUUCACCGGCUUCCCGGCGCCGCCCUUCGCCCCCGCGCCGCCCCCCACCGUCCGCCCGCGGCUCCUCGGCGGGCCCCCGCCGUUCCUCAUGCGCCCGUCGCCUCUCAAGUACCCCGUGCUGCUGCCUCCCGGUCCCAGCACCUGCACCACCACCACUAACACCACCCUAGCCACCGCCAGCGCCAGUAGUACGAGCUCCCUCGUGGACGCGCUCGCGCUCUUCACCAAGAGCAGCGCGACGCCGUCGGCCGGAGGCGGAUCAGGGGUUCCUGAUCAUUACCACCACGGCGUCACCAUGGGAGGGUUCAACUUCAACCCGUUCGAUGAUUUCGACCCACCGCCGCCGGCGGCGGCAGCGGAAGGUGAGACGGGGAGCGGCGGCGGCGGCAGCCAUGGUUUCUUCUCCUCCUUCGCCACCGGGGACAAGUACGGCCGCCACUAGCUAGUACGUAACCCAUCUCUCUCGUGCUGUCUGGUAAUUCAGCUAGCGUGUGCGUGCGUGUCUGUGCUCAUGAGAGAGUUUGUGUGGAGAAUGGAGAGAGAGAGAUUGAGAAACACAAGCAACAAAUUCUACUUCGGCCACUGCUGCUAUACUGUUUUGCAUUAUAAGUAUUUAGCAAGCUGCAUAAUUGUGAGUUUUCCAUUUCUUGGUUUUGGGAUAUGGCGAUGCCUUAUUAUGUACAUACAUAAAUCUGAGUUCUCUUUGAUUAAUUCCAAGCUCAUUUUGUUUGGCGUCCA